UUGUCGCAUCCCUUGAAGAGUAAUAAUCUUUAGAGGAUGAACCCAAAAAACUGAAACCCGCACCUUCGAACAUCGAGUGAUGGGUUGCGUUUCAUCGAAACUGAUCAGGAAGGAACUUAACCAGGAACUCCUGUUCGGCAAUGGCGAUUACGUGAACCACGUCGUCUCCCUCACUUCCAGCACUUAUGGGGUUCUGAAACUGGAUGAAGAAACAAUAAAGGAACCAGACAAAGAAGUGAAGAGUUCUCCUCGUAUCGUUCUUCCCAGGUUUCAGAAGAAGGGCUCCGAAGAACCUGAGGUCAUCAACGCUUGGGAGUUGAUGAAAGAUCUCGAAGACGAAAUACCCGUUUCAGUACAAGUGAAGAAAAGCCCCAAACCACAAGGCUUUCUACGAAAAGUUGCAGGGAUGGAUAUCAAGACUCCUUCGAAGUUCUUCAGUGAGCUAAGCUCUCCAAGGAAGCAGAAGAAAUUCGCAGGGAAGGAGAACAAGCACCGACGGAGCGGAUCCGAUGGCGGCGUAGCAAGGUCAGAGCCCAGCCCGAAACAGGUACUGCAACCUUUGAACUCAGUAGACAAUGUGCAAAAGCGGAUAGUCUCUUUGAACAUACCCACAAAGAACACUCCCACCAAUCUGAAAGCAAAUAGUUUUAGAAACCAUUCAGGAUUAUCGAUGUCAAGGAGGAGUCUCAGUCCCUUGUUUGAUCCAGAGCUUGUUGUAUCCUUCGAAAAAGAACUCUGUGAAGAGGGAGAACAGAUUAAGAAGAUGGUUUCUUCUCAACCAAAAACUUGUAAGACCAGAGAUGCUGAAUCCAUGCUUGAAUUGUUUGAGAAAAAGUGCCCUCCUGGUGGGGAAAAUGCAGUGGUCAUCUACACAACUACGUUGAGGGGGAUUAGGAAAACCUUUGAAGACUGCAAUGUUGUUCGGUCAGUAAUAGAAUCUCAUCGCGUCCACAUGAUUGAGCGGGAUAUUUCGAUGGAUUCUGGGUUUAGGGAGGAAUUGAGGAGGUUAAUGGGGACCAAGGAUGUAAGAGUACCUGUGGUGUUUGUGAAGGGAAGGUUGAUUGGGGGAGCUGAAGAGAUGGUUAAGAUGGAAGAGGAGGGAAAGUUGAGCAUUCUAUUCAAUGGUAUCCCAAGAGCCAUGGCUGGGUGUGAAGGGUGUGGUGGGGUGAGGUUUGUACUGUGUAUGGAUUGCAGUGGGAGUUGUAAGGUUUUGGAUGAAGAACAGAAGAAGAUGGUGAGAUGUGGAGAAUGUAAUGAGAAUGGGUUGAUCCAGUGUCCCAUCUGUUGCUAAUCCGAUAUUGCUGAGUAUCUUAUUUUGCCCAAACCCACCAAGGAAUCAGAAAGCUAUCUGAGAUUGUUUAGAUAUAUGUUUGUUGAAGCUGGGUUUUGGGCAUCUGUUUCUUAUAGUUCAUGUAGAUGGAAGGUGUUUUGCAGUUCUGGGAUGAGCUUAAAAGGUGCUCAGUUUGAAUAUUUUUUUCAGUAGGAAGGAGAGGCUCUAAAGUGGGUUUUGGGUCCUCUUUGUACUUUAUUUUGAGUCUAAUACCUUGUAUGUUUGAAUACCUAAAUCAUUUAUGCAAUUCAAUUAUUUUUUCCC